AUGACAAGCUACAGCAGUAAUAACGAUACAACACAUACAAGCAGUGGCAAUCACAGCAGCAGCACGGACGGUGGAUUGAAUGCGUCUAACCGACUUGUCAGCGAAUCUUGCAUGGACCUCUUUUUGAUUGAAAUGGUGGACACUAUUUGUAGAACAACCACAGCAGAGACAGAUGGAGACAGCGACGCGAUCUUUUACAAGCUGGAAACACUAGGCUAUGCUGUAGGUCAAAGACUAGUAGAACGGUUUACAAAAGACAGACCUCGUUUUGUGGAUACAUUGGAUGUCGUCAAAUUUAUUUGUAAAGAUCUUUGGACCAUCAUGUUCAAGAAACAGAUUGAUAAUCUAAAGACCAACCACAGAGGUGUGUAUGUUUUACAAGAUAAUGGAUUCCGGUGGUUUAUGCGCAUGUCAACAGAUGUGGGAGGAGCAGAUUCAGCAAAGAAAGCAAUGCCGUAUGUGUGGUUUCCUUGUGGUAUUAUUCGAGGUGCACUGGCAAGCUUAGGUGUGCCAACUGUUGUUGUCGCAGAGACAUCGAAUCUUCCUCAGUGCACUUUUCAAAUCAAGAUCGUAAAGCAGCAGUAA